AUGAAAUUCACUCUUUUUCAGUUCAUAGGCCUGGCCUUGGUCUCUUCUGCUGCUGCAACUCCUGUGGAGAACAACGAAUUGGCAGUGCGAGAUACCAUCCUCGAGCCAAACUCUGACUCUUCAAUCAUCAAGGACCGAGCUGUCAGUGGCUCCGCCAACUACCUCAUCUACCCCAAGACCAAUGCAGCCAAGAGAGAUAUUGAUGCAUUCACGAAAAGCCUUCAGUCGCAGGCCGGCAAAGCCAAGGUCGACACUCUCACCGAUGUGAAUGGUCAACUUCUAGCUUGGUAUGCCACGCUGAGCGCGAACCAGGUUGCCGCUAUCAACAAAAACAGUGUUAUUGGGUCAAUUGCUCCUGAUGCACCGCUGAAGACCAAGGCAAAAUCAUCCGGCGUUGUCAAACGUGCUCUCCAGACCGACAAAAGAGCUCAGCCCGAACUUCAGAUGUUCUCAACUGCUCCCGGAAAGAGACCUGCAGGAUACACGUAUGACGAGAAGGCCGGCCAAGGCGUCACCAUCUAUGUCCUUGAUGAAGGUUUCAACCUCAGACACAGGGAAUUCACUGCAUCGCCUGGCAGGAAGAGGUGGAUCUUCUCCAAGGGCGCCUCUGGUGAGAAUGACCCUGACGGUCAUGGUUCCUGCUGUGCAUCCAAGGCACUUGGCAAUACGGUUGGAGUUGCUCCAAAAGCGGAUCUGGUUGCGGUCAAACUUCAAUUGACUUCUUGGUCGCUGCUCAAGGCCUGGCAAGCAGUUGUCUUGGAUGUUCAGCAGAACAGGCUCCAAGGAAAAGCUGUUGUGAGCAACUCAAAGGCUUCUAUUGCUUGGAGUGUCGACCGCAACGAAAGGUGGUUCCGAGAUGUUCUCGAGACUCUGUUGAAGAACCUCGAGGCUCUUGAUGUCGUCGUCGUCAGCUCGUCAGGAAACUUCGGCACUCUGGUUGAUGAGGUCAACACAUACCCAUCGCUUUUCGCAGACCGAACCCCGAUCAUUGUUACUGGAGCUGUCGAUAACAACGGACGUCUUGCACCAUUUUCUCAGGGCGGUCCCCUCGUCACGACUACUGCACCUGGAGUAGCCGUCAAGUGCGCUGCUAUGAGUGGCACAUCAGCUUACCAGGCUGGUGAAGAGUCAACCGGCACAUCCUUCUCUACACCCGCCGUCGCUGGAUUGGCAGCCUACUUCCUGUCGCUCGACUCCUUGAGGCCUCGACUUCAAGUCCGUGGCUCAGUUGCUAGGAACGUCAAGGCACUUAUUCAGGAGCAUCACUACGCACGUGUCUCGGGAGGACCCAAGGUUGCAUGGAACGCGCACACUCUACUCAGAAACUGA